AUGCCACAGUGUUCUAAAUGCCAAACUAAUAAUGCAGUUAGUGAAGGAGAAUUAUGCAUAAGUUGCCUUUUUGUUAAUAGAGUUUCACUUCUUAGGCCUUUAACAAUAAAUUCAUCAGCGGUAACGGAAAUGUCUAGUUGCGUGAAUUGCCGAAGUCUUGAACUGCCUUCUAUAUUUAGAGAACUUGAAUUAAUUCCCAUAGACAUCGCCGAAUUAAGCAAAGAACAAAAUGAUGAACUUCACAGAGGAAUAGACAUAUUUAAAGAAGAAAAUGCCGAAAAAAUUAGGAAAAUAGAAGAAAAAAAGUUUGAAGAAAACAUUUUUUUAAGUAAUCCUUUAAGGAAGAGAAUUUCAGAGUUAAACUACCAAUUAAACCAAGAAUUAUCUAAUUCCCAAACUCUACAAACUAAAAUUCAGCAACUCACCCAAGAA